AUGGAAUGGGAAAACGUCGCUGCCCGAGGAUGGGCUUUGCCGGGGUACGGGAAUGAGGCUGGCGCCGACCCUUUAACUCCAAAUGUGCCCACUGCCACAGCAAUCAGCCAGAACCUUGUCUCACCCACAACCCCAUAUAUGAUCACAAAUCGAUACAUCACACGCGAAGAGCCCUCACCUCUGGGGCCUCACGUUUCUCGACGUACAGGUGAGGCUGUUACUCUUGAGUCUGUUCCUCAAAGCCGUAGGUUCCAGAGAGUGGUCGAGGACCGCUCAAGGACCAGUCAGCUGCUCGAGGUUUCGCCCGCACAACGUAAAUGGCAGGAAGGGCAUGAAAGCGAUGCAGUUGUGAGGCUGCCCACCAGAGCGCCCAGCAUACAGCAAUUACUCCGAAGAGAUACCAAAUCGCUCGAGUUGGCCGCGAAUUUGUCCCAUUCUGACGGGAGGGAGAAAUUCCUCGAUAAAAUCAGUCAAUCCACAGGCACAUUCAUUAAACAAGAGCCAGGCCGAUGUCUUCGUAUCUGGGGAGAUGCAGAUUCAGUUGCCAAGACAAAGAAAAUUCUUCAGGGCCUUGUCGACCCAUUCUACGAGAAAACCGAAAAGAACGCUCCUGAUGCGCGUGGUCAUUGGCUGAAGAUCCAUCCUUCUGGAACCACAGAGGUUGUUGAGAAAAAAGCAAGAAUUGGAAGAGCAAUGAGAGAAGCGGAGUCUGAAUUGCGAGAGGAACCAAAGUCGGGACAGAUCAAAAACAAGGCUAGUAAUUAUCGGUGCAUGUUCAUUUGGCCUCAGGAUGGACCGACACUCCAAGAAAGCUUCGGGGACAAACUUGAGGCACUUGACUCUAUACGGAAAGCUUUCAAGGUUCAUGUUUACCUGCAGAAAGACGUUGACGACUGCAUUACUGUGUGUGGAAGCGAAGAAACGAAUAUGUCCUUCAUCGCCAAGCAGCUGCGAGAGAAAUGGAAAGCAGCAGUUGCAAAAGCUGAUAUUCGAAUCAAAGUGUACUUGGUUGAGCUACCAAAAGGCAGUACGAUGCAGAGUCAGGUGAAGAUUGUCAAGAAAAAGAGGUUUGCCUUGCCCAUUCUUCACCAGCGGGUACCACGAUCUUCGCCAACUACUCGUAAAGAGGAAGAGACAAUCACCCAUUUUCAACAGAAAAACGACGAGAUUCUGCUCCGAAGUUUCCAAAAAGCGCUGUCGAAAGCCCAUUUUUUUGCCGGGCGCUUGAGAAUGCGCAUCCACUUCGGUUCAUUUCUAAUGGAUCAUUACCGCAAACCAAAAGAUGGAGAAUCUCUAUACAGCUUAGAAGAAUUCCAAGAGAUGAUCAUGAAUGAGCGAGCCAUCGGUCGCCUAGUACCAGGGUUGAAAUUAAGUGGCGAAGAAUUGCUAUCCCGAUGUUUGAGUGCGAGCAGCCUCUUGGAAUCCACAAGCCCUCUGAGUACCCUGUCAGGAAUCAAGACCACUUUUCCGACCUAUUCAGCGAACUUUGAGUUCUCAGGUAAAACCGAAUCUCAAUUUCGCCUAGAGGUAGACUUUAAGCAUCGUUCCCUAGAGCUUGAGCAACAGCGCCACAGAUGGUUCAAAGUCCAUGAAGAAGCUGAGAAUCCUCGCCGAUUGGUUUUGCAAGCCGGCGUGAUGGACUUUGCUCGGUGUGACUGGCAAGGGGACAUCGAACUGUUUGAGCCAUUGAAUGAUGAUGAUAUCCAGGUCAAUCUUACUGAAUUUCUCAAAACUGUGAGGUUUGAUAACCGCAUUCAUGUUCAUGGCAUGGCCCUUGUCCCUCGUAGGAAAGUGCUGUUCGACUGGAAGGCUCCCGUGGCCAGUUUCGUCGAGAAAGCUUCGGUUCAAUUGAAGAUCAAAGGAACAAGUUAUGUACUUGAGGUGGCCCGUUUCGAUCGAUACACAUCAACUUCCUCCGGAUGGGAACGGACUGCAUCACCAACCGUCACAUGGGGUGCAACUUUGUUCGACCCGUAUUGGGAUAUUGUGUUAGGAAGUGGGCUCAACAUGGAAGGAAAUGCCCCGAGAAGACCUGAGAAAUACAUGGGAAAUUUCCGGUCCCUUUUCCCUCCCCGAGCGAACAUGAGUCCUGAUAAUGACGAGGGUGGGUUUUGGGAUUUGAUUGGAUUCGUUGACAAGGUUUCGGAACUUCUAAGUGCCACCAAAGAUGUGCGUGAAGGUCCAUCCUCUGACUUGGACAAGGACAUUAACCCCGAGCUGCUUGAUGUCGAACUUGGAACGCUGUUUUAG